AUGGAGCUGGACACAGUGUUCAUCAUGCUUCUGCUCUCAGCCGUCUUCAGCUCGUCGGCUCCUCGUCAGUUUGAGUUUGUUCAGACGAGGAUGUUCUGCACUGACGCUCAGAGAUACUGCCGUGAGAAGUACAGUGAUCUGGCCUCAAUUGACAACAGCGCUGACGUGACCGAGCUGCUGAAGAGCGUGAACGGAGCUAGUGGCAUCUUUGGCGUCUGGAUCGGGCUGAUGAUGACCCUCAGGAGUGAAUGGAAGUGGUCUCUGGCUGACCCAGCGUUUUACACGGCUCAUGAUUCAGUGUUUCACAACUGGGCGUCGAAUCAGACGAACAGCAGCCUAUAUGACUGCGCUUAUAUGAGUCUGAAUGGACUGUGGCAUAAUGAUACCUGUAAUAGCCAAAGGUCUUUCAUCUGCUACAAUGACAGCAGUAAAGGAUUCAUCCUUGUGCAGCAGUUGAUGAACUGGAGAAAUGCUCAGAGCUUCUGCAGAACAAAUCACAUGGAUCUGAGCAGCGUGAGGAAGCAGAGUGAGAACCAGCAGAUUCAGCAGCUCAUGAGCACUGGAGGAGUCACUGCCGUCUGGAUCGGUCUCUUCAGAGACUCAUGGGAAUGGUCCGAUAAGAGUACAUCCUCGUUUAGAAACUGGGCACCCCCUGAACCCCAAAGCACUGAAAAUGCCACAGUGCUUGUGAUAAGUGGAUCAAUAAGAGGUCAAUGGGAGGACUGGCCUUGUAAUACACAAUUUACUUUUGUCUGUCAAGAAGAUCAGUUUAUACUCAUCCAGCAGAAUCUGAGCUGGAGUGAAGCCAUGACGUUCUGCAGACAGAAUCACGUGGACCUGGUGUCGGUUCCCAGCGCUCAGAUUGAGCGGCGGGUGAUGAGCGUGGCAAAAAGAGCCUCGACGGUGGCCGUGUGGAUGGGCUUGCAUCACUACUGCAGCAUGAACAUGUGGCUGUGCGGUGAGGUGGUCUGUUAUCAGAACUGGGCCGCGGGGAACAGCACCGGACCGCACGACUGCCGCGAGCGGAGAGUCGGAGCCAUUCAGUCAUCUGGAGAUCAGCACUGGGUUAGCCUUCCUCCGACCAUCAGGCUCAAUUUCAUCUGCACCAACUCUGAGCCUUGA